AUGAUUGAAUUCUUCACCAUCCCCGCCCAAACUUUGCAUUCAGCGACAAUCAUCCUCGUUCAUGGCCUGGGUGACUCUGGCCACGGCCUCAAACAACUCGCCACGACGCCACCCAGCUCCAAUCCGCUGAGCUGGGGCACUGUAAAUUCGUUCUCCCACAUGCGUUCGUCGCCAAAGCGGGCCAUAACCGCCAACAGCGGACGCCAGAUGCCUGCCUGGUACGAUGUCCGGUCCUUUUCUCCCCCAGCAGCAGACGACGAGGCCCAGAUGCUCGAAAGCCUUGCAUGGCUCGAGGGGCUGAUUGACAACGAAGUUGCUGCGGGCAUUGCGCUCCAGCGUAUUGUUGUCGGCGGGUUUUCACAGGGCGGCACCAUGUCGCUCCUCCUAGCUUUGGUUUCGAAGCUUCGCGUGCGCGGGGUGGCAGUCUUGAGUGGCCGCCUUCCGCUCCGUGAUGCGCAGGGUGGGUAUUCACGGGCGAAAGAGCUGUCCGUGCCACAGGCCGCCAGCACUCCCAUCUUCUGGGGUCACGGAAAAGCAGACGCAGUGCUUACCUAUACUCUCGCGCUUACCUCUAUCGAAUAUUUGACCUCCGAGAUCGGCGUACCGCCAUCCACUGGCGGUACCACCGGGCUCACAUUCAACGCUUAUGAAGAACUGGGUCAUUCAAUCAGCUCGCAAGAGAUCGACGACUUGGUGGCAUGGCUCCAGAACAUCGUUCCUUAA